AAGAUGGGUGACUGGAGUUUCCUGGGAAACAUUUUGGAAGAAGUUAACGAGCAUUCUACCGUCAUCGGGAGAGUAUGGCUGACAGUUCUGUUCAUCUUUCGCAUCCUCAUCCUUGGUACCGCUGCCGAGUUCGUGUGGGGGGAUGAACAGUCAGACUUUGUGUGCAACACCCAGCAGCCGGGUUGCGAGAACGUGUGCUACGACCAAGCCUUCCCCAUCUCCCACAUCAGGCUGUGGGUCCUCCAGAUCAUUUUCGUCUCCACGCCGUCCCUGGUUUACGUUGGCCACGCGGUCCAUCACGUCAGGAUGGAGGAGAAGAGGAAAGAGAGGGAGGAAGACAUGAACAGGCAAGAGGUGAACGAGGAGAAACUGCCUUUAGCCCCAGACGAAUGCAUCAAGGAGCCCACCAAAACAACCAAGAAGUUCCGCCUGGAGGGCACCUUACUUCGAACAUACAUCUGCCACAUCAUCUUCAAAACCAUUUUUGAAGUUGGUUUUGUAGUUGGCCAGUAUUUCCUCUAUGGAUUCCGCAUUCUACCACUCUACCGCUGCGGUAGAUGGCCUUGUCCCAACACCGUUGAUUGUUUCGUGUCUAGGCCAACCGAGAAGACAGUGUUUGUCAUAUUCAUGUUGGCAGUCGCUUCGGUAUCUCUCUUCUUGAAUUUCAUCGAAAUAACCCACCUGGGUUGGAAGAAGAUCAGGUUUGCUUUUCGGAAGACUGGCCAGCAGCCGGUAGAUUACCCGUCGCAGAAACUCUUCCACUCGAUUAGCGUGUCUUCCGUGCAGAAGGUGAGAGGUUAUAAACUGCUCGAAGAAGAUAAGCCGAUGACCCACUUUUACCCAAUGCCAGAGCCUGUCAAUCCAGCUCCCUUAAUCGGCUACCAAGAAAAAGUCAAGAGCGUUGAGCCAGUGGGAGAUAUGAUUAAAGUCUACACCGAGACGUUGCUCACCUACGAACAGCAAGACGACGCGGAGCCAGAACUCCAAGCUGGCGCAGAACCACAAGUGGACCCGGAAUUUGUGGCGGAAUCUGAACCUGCGCCUUUGGCAGAAGCGGAGGAAAACGGCGAGACCACGGAGCCGGAGCCACCGGCGGGAACGAGCGAAAGUCUACCAGCUACAAGACCCUUGAGCAGUUUAAGCAAAGCAAGUAGCCGAGCUCGGUCAGACGAUUUAACAGUUUGAAAUAAUAUUAGGUGAAAAAUUAAGCUUGAAAACGGAGUAUAUAAAGUUUAAAAUUUCACCACUUAUGGGGUACUUUGGAAAGUCUUGGUAGCAGAUAACAUUGGUAUUCAAUGUAUUUUAAAAUAAUUUAAUAUUCAAUCUGUCACUAUCCUAAAUUGGUUAAGCGGAUAUAACAGAUAUUUACAGAGAAAGAGGAUCCCGAUAUUUCAAGGUUCUUCUUUAUUUAAUAUAAACAUCUAAAACCCACAUGAACUAACCAUGCAUUAAUAUCCAGGUAUUUGGCUGCACUAUGUCCAGACAAAUGUGUACACAAUUAAUUGGUUUCAACAAUAAUGAAAUAUUUGGAAUAAUCAUAUGUUUCCAAUCUCUGAAAUUUAACUCUUAGACCCUUUCAAUAAAUUUUGACUCACAAAUCCUGUCAUUUCACCAACUUUCCAAGUGAUAGGGGCGUGGCUGGGAGGUGGUAGAUGAUAUCUACUGGUGUUCAAUCUUGCUCCACUUUUAAGUAAAAACAUUUUUUGGGGGGGAUUGAGACGUUAUGACACAAGUGUGUCUUCUUAAAAACUGAAACUCUUAGCCGCUGCAGGUUCUUAAAUGCUGUACCUACAUGGUUGAAUGGUUAUUAAAUACAUUGAAGUUUAUCUUUUCAAGUUGUCCUCAAGGAUGAAUUGCAAAGUCAUAAAUAUUUGAAGGCCACUAAUCAUACAACAUCCAUGAAGAACACAAGAACCAAAAUGCCUAAUAUGGCAUUGGGCUGAUUAAACCAGGAAGAUCAAUCUGUGUAAAUGCCUUUUUAAGUUUACAAUCUGUAAAAUACUUCAAAAGCUAAAAUCCUAACACUUUGUAAGAUCCUGAAUGGGUUUGUUUUAAUUUUUUAAUGUGUGUAAAUUUGUAUGUUUUCAUGAAUCAAAUUAUGCUUCCCUGUAUGGCUAUGAAUGUAGUGUUAUGUUCGAAUACGACCAGUCAAUUGUUGAUUACUCAGCUUAAAUUUAUCAUUUAAUGUCACGUACAAUACCAGAGCUUCAAAGUUAUUCAAGUUAUUCAAAGCUCAAGAGAAGAAAUCAAACACCCUUAUAAAAUCAUUCAAAAUUUCAAUGCCCUGUGGACCAUAUUGUCAAAAGAUUCCACUGGCAUCAAAAUCCCAAAUCGUGUUUAUUCCAGAUAAGAGAACUGUUUGGAGGUAAUAUUCCACCUUCACCAAAUGGUGUAGAUGAGGACUUUCACUGAGAAAUUAAUUGUAGCAGAUUAUUUUUUUUUAAAUGUGCACAACAUUUAAACAUACAAACCACUUGAAAAUACAUUCCAAAUAUGUGAUGCAAAAAAAAUCAAAUGCAUGCAGUAGAAUAAAUGUAAAAUAACAAAGAUUGAGGCCAUGGUCAAGUAAAUUAACGGGUUUAUGCAGUAGACUCUUUAAAGCCGCAGAAAGUGUAGAUAUGUAGAAUAUUGAAAUAUAUGGAUUUUCAAGAUAUGAACACGAACUAAGAGAGAUCACAGUUAUGAUUCUUUUGCAGGACUGAGUAAACCAUUUUAUAAUUGUUUCUGAAUUAGAAAUGAAAUAUAUUUCCGUUGCUUACUAAUUCUCAACCGUAGAAGUAACCAGCAAUAUAUCUGAUUCACCAAAUUCACUGCAGUAGUCGUGGAAAUAAAAUUGUGAUAACUAAAGUUUUUCUUGGAAUUUUGAGGAAAAAAUAUAUUAAUAUGUUAAUGCAUUUUUGGUCUACUAACAACUGAUCUUUAAAUUAGCGUUUAGCUGAUCACAGGAAAGACUGGAAAGUAGAGUACACCAUGCAUUCAUCAAUUCUUCUAGACAAUAAAUAUUGCAUUGCAUACUUUUAUGAUGCAUAUAACAGAUAUCGUUAAAAAAUGAAAUACAACCUAUCUACUGAUAACAAAAGACACAUAUUAGUUUUCACAUGUGAUAUUUGGACAUGUUGGACCAUAGAGUCGAUGAAACAAUAACUUUGCAAAUAAAUGUAUUUGUUUUGCACUAA